AUGAGUUUCUUUAGCCAGUCCUCCAGGCAAGCCGCUUCUUCCCGCAGCAGCAGCAACAGCAGCCGAGGACCUGCAAGGAUGUCUGGCCAUGGAGCAUGCAGCUUCAGCGGUGGAUCGAGCGGCAGGGCCUUUGGUGGAAGCUCCAGUUUCAGUGGUGGAUCGAGCGGCAGGGGCUUGGGUGGAAGCUCAAGCUUCAGCGGUGGAUCUAGCAGAAGGACCAUUGGUGGAGGCUCCAGCUGUGGUGGCGGCGCCUGGGGCUCUGGCGGGGGCAUGUGCGGUAUGAAUGGGAUGUCUGAGAGCAGAGGGAGAUGGAGUUCUGGUGGCAUGUCAUGUGGUGCUGGUGGGUCCUGGGGCUCAAGUGCUGUGUGGGGCGCCGUUGGAGGUGGGUCGGCCGGGGGCUUUAACGGCUUCGGGGGCGGCGAGGGCGGACUCCUUUCCGGCGGCGAGAAGCAGACGAUGCAAAAUCUCAACGACCGCUUGGCAGCCUAUCUGAACAACGUCCAAGCGCUGGAGGAGGCGAACAGUGACCUGGAGAGGAAGAUUGCAGAAUGGUACGAGAAGUUUGGAGGAAGCACCAGAGGCGGAGAGCAACGGGAUUACAGCAAGUAUUACACAGUCAUCGAUGACCUUAGGGCACAGGUAUGGAAAGAAACAAGCCACGCAGAUAUGUCGCAGGGCUUUAUUUGCUGCGUUUGUUCGAUUCACAAGGCUUAUACAGUCGUACCUUGGAAGUCAAACGGAAUCCAUUCCAGAAGUCCGUUCGACUCCCAAAAUGUUCGGAAAACAAAGUGCUUCCUGCAGCCAAUGGGAAGCUGUGGAAGCCCCUUCAGAUGUUCGGCUUCCCAAAAUAGUUUGCAAACCGGAACAUCACUUCUUUUGUGUUCAGGAGCCAAUAUGUUCCAGAACUAAGUUGUUCAAAAACCAAGGUACGGCUAUAUUUAUGUUGUGAAUUUGCAGGUGGAGGGGGGCAGGAGAGAGUUAAUGGGGCCAGAAGGACUGCUGAGGUCCCUUAAUGGUCAACAAGCCAAGUUGCCAAACACAUCUAUUAGGAAAAUUACUGGUGAAUGCCCCUUAAUAACUAGGAAAUAACUGGAGACACCAGAACAUAGGAAGGUGCCUUACACUUAGCCAAGCUACUCAUCCAACUAUGUUGGUGUUGUCUACACUGAGUCAUAGUGACUGUCCAUGAUUUCAGAGAGGCUUCUCUCCUAGUCUGUUCUGGAGAUGCCAGGGAUUGAAUCUGCAUGCAAAGCAGAUGCUCUAUCAUUGAGUUACAGCCCUUUCUCAAAGACACCCCUGGAAGGUGAGAUCCAUUUUGACAAAGGGCAUACUUUUAUUCCCCCAACCCUCACAUUAUUAUUAUUAUCAAUUGAGUUUAUCUACUACCCUAUACCCAGAGGUCUCGGGGUGGGUCACAGAAAUAUUGUAACCUUUCUUCAUAGAGGAGUAGCCCCAGCUCCCCAGUCAUCUAUUGCUGAAAUAUUAAUUUUAUUUACCUACUUUUCUGUGGGUUUUUUGUUAGUAUUCUUCCAUUCUAAUUAAAAAAACUCCUUAAACUUAUUGGAUGCUUAGUUUUAGACAAAAUCUAUUCUAACUAUAUAAAAGAGAAGAAAGAAAUGAUGUCGUUUUAAAACCCGUAUAUCUCUCAUCUGUCUAUUUAAUACUAUAUAUUCCCCUCAUUAAUUAACCAGACUUGUCUUGACUUCCCACAACAAAGGGAGACAGUUAAGAAAUAUAACAUAAUUCAUAAUCCGUCCUAUUCUUAAUGGUGCUAAAUAAUAAUUACUGUACAAAUUAAAAUUGGGUAGGAAUUUCCAACAGCACUGUCGUUUAUUUCUCUGGGGGAAGCCAUGACUAUUUAAAGUGGUAUCAUAGUGCUUUAAAUGUGUGUGAAUGAGUUGGGAGAGGAACUUACUGCAUGUCCGAAUUCAACAUUCAAUUAUAUAUUAAUUAUUGAUUCUUUCUUUUGCAGAUAAUUGCUGCAAUUACAGACAAUGGCGGCCUCAUUUUGCAGGUUGACAAUGCUAGGCUGGCUGCUGCUGACUUCAAGCUGAAGUAAGUGGGACAAAAUGGGCAUCUGCUCCACAUCCUGGUGGAGAUGUUUGCUGAAUCAUUCGUGUAGAGCAGAAAAACCAGCCUAUUGUGAGGUCUCCAGCAUGCAUAUCCCAUGAGGUGUAAAUACAGUACAUUUACUGUAUGCUUGGGUGGAACAAAUUCAUACCCACCAGCCAAUGAAUUGCAUUUGUAUGCUCCAGCACAGACCCAACCAUGUCAACUCAGAAGUACGUCCCAUGGAGUUCAGUGGGGCUUACUCCCAAGGGUUAUAGGGCUGCAGCCCUAAUUUCACAUCAUAAAUUUAGCUGAGUGCUUAACUAAUUCCAGGUUUGGUUCAUAAUGUGUGACAAAAACACCGCUGAUAACCACACCUUCUUUAAAACCUGAUAUGCAAGCAAAUAGCCCCAACAUAAAGCUGUGGGUUAAACCACAGAGCCUAGGACUUGCCGAUUAGAAGGUUGGCAGUUCGAAACCUCAUGACGGGGUGAGCUCCCGUUGCUCGGUCCCUGCUCCUGCCAACCUAGCAGUUUGAAAGCACAUCAAAGUACAAGUAGAUAAAUAGGUACCACUCUGGUGGGAAGGUAAACUGCAUUUCCAUGCGCUGCUCUGGUUCGCCAGAAGCGGCUUAGUCAUGCUGGCCACAUGACCCAGAAGCUGUACGCCGGCUCCCUCGGCCAAUAUAGCGAGAUGAGCGCCGCAACCCCAGAGUCGGUCACGACUGGACCUACUGGUCAGGGGUCCCUUUACCUUUAAAAUAAUAUAGGAACUUAAGAAGAGCCUGCUGAAUCAGGCCAGUGGCCCAUCUAGUCCAGCAUCUGCAAGCAGGAUUUGAGCGCAAGAGACCUCUCUCCUCCUGUGGUUUCCAGGAACUGGUCUUCAGAAGCAUUGUUGCCUCCAGCCGUGAAGAAAACUAAUGAAGGCAUGGAAGAAAACAGCCACAGAGAAGGAACAUAUUCCCCUCUGUGUGUUCAGAUGUUUCCCACAUGAUCUGCUGACAACCUUUUUAAUCCAUUUUGCUUCAGGUACGACAAUGAUGUGGCUCUCCGCCAGAGCGUUGAAGCUGACACCAAUGGCCUCCGUAAGGUCCUAGAUGAGAUAACCAUGAGCAGGAGUGAUCUUGAAAUGCAGAUUGAAAGCCUGACUGAGGAGCUUGAGUACAUGAAGAAGACUCAUGAAGAGGUAAUGUAGGUCUCAGUAAUGCCUAAAGUCAGGUCCAAUAUGUGUGUGUUUGUGUAUAUUUACCUUUACAUAUGUAGGGAUGCGGGUGGCACUGUGGGUUAAAGCACAGAGCCUAGGACUUGCCGAUCAGAAGGUCAGCGGUUCGAAUCCCCGCAACGGGGUGAGCUCCUGUUGCUUGGUCCCUGCUCCUGCCAACCUAGCAAUUCGAAAGCAUGUCAAAGUGCAAGCAGAUAAAUAGGUACCGCUCUGGCAGGAAGGUAAACGGCAUUUCCGUGCGCUGCUCUGGUUCACCAGAAGUGGCUUAGUCAUGCUGGCCACAUGACCCAGAAGCUAUCUGCAGACAAACGCCGGCUCCCUCGGCCUAUAGAGCGAGAUGAGCGCCGCAACCCCAGAGUCGGUCACGACUGGACCUAAUGGUCAGGGGUCCCUUUACCUUUACCUUUACAUAUACACACACAUCUUAAGGGCAAUGGGUGCUUGGCGGGGGACUUAAUAGUAUUGGUUUGCAUUACCCAUAUAGAUAAUAGGGGAGCGGGUGGCACUGUGGUCUAAACCACUGAGCCUCUUGGGCUUGCUGAUCAGAAGGUCGGCAGUUCAAAUUAACAUGAUGGGGUGAGGUACUGUUGCUUUGCCCCAGCUUCUGCCAACCUAGCAGUUCAAAAGUACACCAGUGCAAGUAUAUAGAUAGGUACCGCUGCAGCAGGACGGUAAAUGGCAUUUCUGUGCGUUCUGGUUUCCAUCACGGUGUUCCGUUGCUCCAGAAGCUGGCUACAUGAACUGGAAAGCUGUCUGUGGACAAACGCUGGCUCCUGUGGCCUGAAAGCGAGAUGAGUGCCACAUGCCAGUCACCUUUUCACCUUUAAAGGCCUUUUCACCUUUACAUAGAUAAUAAACAGACCAGUGUCCAAAUCAAGCUUUAGCUAUGCAGGAAAAACUUAAGAUAAAUGAUGGCGCAGAAUACAAAUAUUACAGGGGUACUAACUUGAAUAAAAUAUUGUUGGGGGACCAGGUAAGCCCCACCCCACAUAAUCACAUGACACAGUGUACAAUGCAACAUUUGAAUGGGAAUGCUCAUCAAUUCUGUGAGGGCCCGGCCCCCUCAAAUAUUUUAUUGUGGGGGCCAAGGCCCCAUGGUAAGAGCAGGCACCCCCAAACUCAGUCCUCCAGAUGUUUUGGGACUACACCUCCCACCAUCCCUAGCUAACAGGACCAGUGGUCAGGGAUGAUGAGAAUUGUAGUCCCAAAACACCUGGAGGGCCAAGUUUGGGGGUGCCUGGGUAAGAGGGACCCCAAACCUACGCCUGCUCAAUCUAUUUUGGAUCAGAUACAGACCUCUCUGGAGUCUGGGCAGUAGAAGCAAAGCUAUUGAAACCAGUAAACAUCAUCUAGAAAACAUUACAAUUACUCAGAGAUACUCCUGGUAUUUUUUUAAAAAAAGAUUUAUUUUCCUGCUCUUGCAGCAAGUGUUGAAAGAACAUUUUUAUUGAUGCAGGAUAUGAGCUCUGUGACUGAUACAACGGCCGGAGGCAUUGAUGUGCAAAUGAAUGCCGCCCCAGGAGUUGACCUGACUGCGCUCCUCAAUAAGAUGAGAGGAGAAUAUGAAGCCCUCGCUGAGGAGAACAGGCAAGACAUUGAGGCCUGGUUCAACGAACAGGUAGGUGGCGGAAAUGCUCACUUUUUUUAUUAUUUCAAUAGUUUUCAUUUGGUUUUACAAAUUCAUUCACACUCAUAGUCACAAGUAAUAAAAAAUAACACAAGAUUCUUCCGAAACUCAAGACUUCCCUCCUCCCCUCCGUGGGUUCCUUAAGGUAACUUUUUUUAAAACUGCAUAUUAUAUGUCCAUCUAAUUUACAAUCCUCCAUUGUAUCGAAGGUCUAUGUAUCAUUGCAACCUUUAAAACCUGCCAAAGAGUUCAAGUGUUUACAGUGGUCUUUCAAAUAUAAUAUGAAUUUGUCCCAUUCCUUGUUGAAGCUUUGAUCCUCCUGAUUUCUGAUUUUCCCAGUUGAUCUUGCCAUCUCUACAUAGUCCAGUAGUUUCAUCUGCCAGUCCACCUUCGUAGACAUCUUGUCAUCUUCCCAGGUCUGGGCAAGCGGCAUCCUUGCAGCUAUUGUACCAUACAUAAACAAUCUUUUCAGUUCCUUCAGUAUCUCUGCACCUACAAUUCCUAACAAAAAGGCUUCUUUUUUUUUAACAAAAGUUAUUUGAAACAUAUUUUUCAAUCCAUUAUAUAUCAUUUCCCAGAAUUCCUUUAUCACUUUACAAUUCCACCACAUAUGAUAAAAGGUGCCUUCUUUUUGUCUUGCAGAAAACACUCACUUUUGACUUCACAGAGGACUCUUCCUUAAGCAAAAUUAUUCAUUUGACUAAAAAUCUUUGGAUAACUCUCUCCCUCUUUUAAUCACUUUAUUUCAGAGUCAAGAACUGAAUAAGCAGAUCAGCAGCAGCGUCGAAGAGACCAGCACCAACAAGAGUGAGAUUACCGAACUAAGACACACUCUGCAAAGCCUAGAAAUGGAACUGCAAACCCAAUUGUCUAUGGUAUAAGAAUUCUUUCUUUCAUUCAGUUAGCAUCCUUUUUUCUUUGAGAAUUUUUAUUUUACAAUUUUACAAUUGCAAAUAAACAUUUCACAAGCUUUAAAAUAUCCAGGGACUUCCCCUCUUCUCUUUCCGUGGUUCAUUUUGCGUAUCAUACAUCCCUGCAUAUUUUACUAUAACCAUUCAAAUCAAUUUUCCACUUUUACAUCCGUCAAAAAUUAUUUACUCUGUUGAAUUUAUCUUAAGGUGGCCAGUGUUUUCAGCUGUAUACAACCAUUUCCCACAUAUUCAAUAAAUGUUUUCCACUCUUCUUUAAAUGUAUGUUCUUCUUGCUCUCUUAUUCUAUGUGUUAAAUCUGCAAGUUCUGCAGAUUCUGUCGACUUAAGUUGCCUGUCCUCUUUAGUUGGGACCUCGCUCACUUUCCAUUUUGGGGCUAACAGUUAGCAUCUUUCUUUACUUAUUACUUUAUUACCUUUCUAACCCUUCCUUAAGUUUAAAACAAGAAGAGAGAUAGAGAAUAUACACAGAGGGUACACAUGGCCUUGUGGCAUCCAGCCCUACCAUUAAACAUACUAUGAUCUUUUAAAUGUGUUUGUGGGAGGGGCUAUUUGUUUGUUUAUGUUUUUUAUUAUCUGUUUGUGUUCUCGUUUUAUCUUUUUAUUCAACUUCCAAUGUUCCAUUCCCCCCCCUUUCAUCAGAAACAAUCUCUGGAGGCCACCCUGGCAGAUGUAGAAGGCAGAUUCUGUGGCGAACUUGCCCAGAUACAAGGAGUGAUAAGCAAUGUUGAGGGACAAGUGGUGCAGAUCAGGGAAGACAUGGAAAGCCAAAAUAGAGAAUAUGAACAGCUCCUGGAUAUCAAGAUCCGCCUGGAGAAUGAGAUCGAGACUUACCGCAGUCUGCUGGAUGGAGGAGACAGGUAAAAAAGGGAGGAACGUGGUAGAAUCUGCUGUUCCUAAAUGUCUUUGGUUCUCCUUUGCCUAAGGGUCCACACAUCACUUGGUUUCUCAUUGCUUAAUUGGACGUUCCCCCUCUCAAUAUGCACAUUCUCCAGUCAGUUUGCAUAGUCUCCAAGAAACAUGCCCUUUCUUUCUAUUUCUGGUUCAGAAAAGGGCAAAUGUAUUAUGAGGCAGCCUGCUUGUGCUGGUUAAAAGAAUUGAUCAUUUUGAAUAAUGCAGACAUCCUGGAUUUAGAAGGUCACGAUUUAAACUUCAGCUGGCAUGCAUGUCUCUGGUAUGGGAAGGCGAGAACUUAUAAAAGUUUUAUGAACCAUAAUCUAAGGAAGAAUUUCUAUAGAGUUUGGGAGAAAUAGAAAAAUCUGCUGGAAAGGAAAACAUCUUUAUGGCUACAGUGGAACCUCGAGACUCGAGGCACAUCCGCAACUUGAAGCAUUCACAUCCAGAUGCUCCGCAUCUGCGCACAUGCAAAGUGGGGGAAAGGGCUGUGAGAGAAAGAGUGUGAAGUACUUCUGCACCCAACCACCCACAAUGAUAUUAGCACACUUACUCAAUACAUCCAAACUUCAUUACAGUUCAGAUAGAUGUUGCCUUUUCUCAUCUUUUUUUAUCUCGAUCCCACAUAAUAUCUACAAUAAAGACUUUACUGAUCUUGGUACUGUCAAAGGUACAUUCACAGAAGCCCUCUCCCCCCCCAACCAAGGUUAAAGUUUGUUUGUUUUUUACUGUUCUUAUAGUGAUUUUGAAUCUGGAUCCAGAAGAACCUCUUCAGAAACUAGAUCUAGAGGAUCUGUAGGUUCAAGUUCUAGAGACCAGACAUCUUCCAGCUCUGGAUCCAGAGCUUUUGGCAGUGGAGACUCGAGAUCCACAGGAUCUAGAGGGUUCGGAUCUUCCAGUUCUUCAGAUUCCAGAUCCAGGGUCCAAGAAACUUCCAGCUUUCAGUCACAGUCCAGAGGCUCUGGGUCUGCAGACUCGCAAUCUAGAAGCUCAGGAUCUACAGACAGAGGAUUUAGUGGUGAAAGUUCCCAGGAUUCAGGAUCAAGAUAUGGAAGCAGCAGCAGAGGUAAUACAUAUUGCUCUUAUUUUUCUGUUAAAAAUGCACAUUUCUAUUUUUGUUAAAAAUGCACAUUUAUUUUGCUACUAAUUUCAGAGGGUGAAAUAGUGCUGAUAAAUUGCCUAUUGGAAUACCAAAAUUGAACUGAGAAAGUUCCGUAUAUGGCAGGGUUGUGCUGGUGAAGAAAGAAUCAAUGUUAAGGAGCCACCAGUGUAAUAACAACUUUAUCUCAAAUGGUCACUGUGGCGUUUGCCUCCUAGAGUGGGUCAUAAGGAAAGGGUUAAAUGAGUGUGAUGUGAUUGGCCAGUGGGAAUGCAAGGGAGGAGUAAAAGUUAGAGUGGGAGGUUUUGAAAGUCAGUUGAGGUUUGGGAAUUGGAGAAGGAAGAGGGAGAAUUAGGUGUGGGUUGGUAGAGUUUAUUGUGAGAGAGUGAGAGGAAUUGUCAGGUGGAGUCAGAUAGAUAGUUGGGAAUAAUCAGUUUGAAGUUGUUAGGAACUAAGAUCUAAGCAAAAUUAACUGAAACCAUAAGCUUGUUCCUGCAUUUAAAAAUAAACUUGAUUAUUUGUUAAUGUUAACAAUUAUCUGGACUCCGUGUGUCCCCCUGAGAUAUGGCAUGGUGGCAGCGGAAAAAGCAAUCGCAGUGGUGGCACAGGGUCAAUAGACCAGGGGCCCUGUGUGUGAUCACCACAGUCACCCAGUGCAGAAAUUGCCCAAUGGGAUAGUUGAUCAGGGUUGCAGCCGCUCCCACUGACCCUCUUCCCUCCAAGCUGCUAUUUGCAUGGGCUAUGAAUUGUGGGUCAACUCUGGGCAAAUGGGAUAUUGAUGGCACAGAGUGUGUGGCACAAUGACAGAGCAUCUGCCUUACAUACAGAACAUCCCAGGUUCAAUCACCUACAUAUCCAAGCAGAACUGGGAAAGCAGACAGAAACCUGGAUAGCUGCUGCCAAUCAGUAUAGACAAUACUGGCUUAUAUGGGUCAAUGGUCUGGUUCACUAUAAGGCAGCUUUCUGUAUUUCUAAGUAGUACAGUACCCCCCCCAUGUUUAAAUAAGAGCUCCGUGAUCUGCCUGUUUAAAAGAAUAACUGCUCUCCUAAAUGCCUGCAUUUUCUUUCUUGCACAGAUGUACAAAAAACAAGAGUGAUCAAGACAAUAGUGGAAGAUAGAAUUGGUGAUCAAGUCGUCUCGACUCACGUCCAGUCGGUUGAAGAAAAGCCAAUUAAAUAA